AUGAUAGCUGGGUUUGUCUGCAUAUUCAUAUGCUUAAUUGGAAUAAAUGCUAAUACAGUUCCAACUACAAAACCACAUCCUGUCACUGUAAAAAAUUCUACACCAGUCCAUCAUGAAGAAGAAUCAUUUUUUAAGCGUACGUGGCAUAAAUUUACUUCCAUGUUUGGAUCUUCAGACAGGGACCCUAAAACGAAUGAAAAUCCAAAUAUAAGUACCGUUGAGGUUGAAAGUCUCUCGCUUAAAGAAAGGAUUGUCAAUAAAUUCAACAGUAUUUUUGGAGAAGAAGAAUACAAUCCAUCUAAAGACAGUGAUUUCGUUGAUAGAUUAUGGAUGUUAUUCAAACAUUGUUUCUUGAAUUUCAAAAAUCUCGCCAAAAUAUUCUCCACUUAA